UAGAAAGAUAGAAAAAAAGAUAUUUUUUUUCUAUGUUCUUCCACGUGAUAACUGACGGAUUGUAGAACAUGUCUCUGUGACACUUUAGUCUAUAGUUUCACAUUAUUGCGCUUCAUAGUUUGAUUCAAGAGACCCAUCACGCAAUCCAUAAUCAUACCAAGUUUUCUUCUCAUGGCUGCAAGUUCAUGUUCCUAUGCAUUCUCCUAUGACGUGUUCCUCAGUUUUAGAGGUUCAGACACACGCCAUGGUUUUGUUGGUAAUCUCUACAAAGCUCUUCAUGACAAGGGAAUCCACACUUUCAUUGAUGAUGAGAAGCUUCAAGGAGGAGAGGAAAUAACACCAACCCUUAUGAGGGCAAUUGAGGAGUCUAGGAUUGCCAUCACUGUGCUCUCUCACAACUAUGCUUCUUCCUCAUUUUGCUUGGAUGAACUUGCCAGCAUCAUUGAUUGUGUCGAGAGGAAAGGAUUGUUAGUUUUGCCGGUUUUCUAUAACUUGGAUCCUUCUGAUGUGAGGCACCAGAAAGGUAGUUAUGGAGAAGCUUUGGCUAAACAUGAGGAAAGGUUCAAAGCCAAGGAGAGGUUGGAGAAAUGGAAGAUGGCUUUACAUCAAGUGGCUAACUUGUCUGGCUAUCAUUUCAAACAAGGAAAUGGAUAUGAAUAUGAGUUUAUCGGGAGGAUUGUGGAGUUGGUUUCUAGCAAGAUUAACCGUGCUCUUUUACAUGUUGCGGAGUACCCGGUUGGACUAGAGUCACAAAUGCUUGAAGUAAUGAAACUUUUAGAUGUUGGAACUGAUGAUGGUGUCCACGUGAUAGGGAUCCACGGAAUUGGUGGAAUAGGGAAAACAACACUUGCUGUAGCAAUUUAUAAUUUGGUUGCUAACCAUUUUGAUGGUUUGUGUUUUCUUGAAAACGUGAGAGAAAAUUCAGAAAAACAUGGAUUGCAACAUCUUCAAAGCAUCGUUCUUUCUGAAUUGGUUGGAGAAAAGCAAAUGAACAUAGCAAGCGUAAAACAUGGAGUUUCAAUGAUACAACAUAGGCUUCAACAAAAGAAAGUUCUCUUGAUUGUAGAUGAUGUUGACAAGCAUGAACAAUUACGGGCUGUUGUUGGAAAACCUGAUUGGUUUGGUCCUGGCAGCAGAAUCAUCGUCACAACUCGAGACGAACAAUUGUUAGCAUCUCAUGAGGUUAAAAGAACUUAUGAGGUCAAGGAAUUGAACAAGAACGAUGCUCUUCAAUUGCUUACAUGGAAAGCUUUUAAAACAGAAAAAGUUGAUCCCAGUUAUGUGGAGGUCUUGAACCAUGUAGUAACUUAUGCUGCUGGCCUUCCAUUGGCUUUGGAAGUAAUAGGUUCCAACUUGUUUGGAAAAAAUAUACAAGAAUGGAAAUCUGCCAUCAAUCAAUACGAAAGAGUUCCUAAUAACCAAAUCUUAAAGAUACUUAAAGUAAGUUUUGAUGCUUUGGAGGAAGAAGAGAAGAGUGUUUUUCUUGAUAUUGCUUGUUGCUUCAAAGGAUAUGAACUAGAAGAGGUGGAAGAUAUACUUCAUAUUCAUCAUGGUGACUGCAUGAAAUAUCAUAUAAAGGUGUUGGUUGAUAAAUCUCUCUUAAAGCUUAGUAGGCAUGGUACUAUGGUGACAUUGCAUGACUUGUUAGAGAACAUGGGUAAAGAAAUUGUACGACAGGAGUCACCAAAAGAUCCGGGGAAGCGCAGUAGAUUAUGGUUCCACGAGGAUAUAAUUCAAGUUUUAGAAGACAACACAGGAACCAGUGAAAUUGAAAUCAUACAUCUGGACUGCCCCUUACUUGACAAUGAAGAAAUAAUAGAAUGGAAUAGAAAGGCCUUCAAGAAGAUGAAAAACCUCAAGACAUUGAUUAUUAAAAAUGGUCAUUUUUUCAAUGGUCCCAAAUAUCUUCCAAAUAGUUUAAGAGUAUUGGAAUGGUGGAGAUAUCCUUCACAUGAUUUACCAUCUGAUUUUCGUCCAAAGAAACUUGCCACAUGCAAGUUACCCGAAAGUUGCUUUACAUCACUUGAGUUGGUUGGCUUGUUGAAGAAGUUCAUGAGUAUGAGAAUUUUGAAUUUGGACAAGUCCAAGUGUUUAACACAGAUACCUGAUGUAUCUGGUCUCCCUAAUUUAGAAAAACUUUCAUUUCAACAUUGUCAGAGUUUAACUACAAUUCACGGUUCAGUUGGGUUUCUAUAUAAACUUAAAACAUUAAGUGCUUUUGGUUGCACUAAGCUUAUGAGUUUUCCGCCAAUCAAGUUAACCUCUCUUGAAAAACUCAAUCUCUCACGUUGUUGCAGUCUUGAGAGUUUUCCAGAAAUAUUAGGGAAGAUGGAAAACUUGAGGGGACUUCAGUUGGAGUACACUGCCAUAAAAGAAUUGCCAUCUUCAAUUCAUAAUCUUAGUCGGCUUCAAGAAUUACAACUGGCUAACUGUGGAGUUGUUCAGUUACCAAGUAGCAUUGUCAUGAUGCCAGAAUUGACUGAUAUUAUUGCUUGGAAAUGGAAAGGGUGGCAAUGGCUAAAACAAGAAGUGGGUGAAGAAAAAGUCGGAUCAAUAGUUUCUUCAAAGGUAGAAUUGCUUUGGGCCUCAGAUUGCAACCUGUAUGAUGAUUUUUUUUCAAUAGGUUUCACACAGUUUGCUCAUGUGAAAGAUUUAGACCUGUCUAAGAAUAACUUCACAAUCCUUCCUAAAUGCAUCAAAGAAUUUCAGUUUUUAAGGAAGCUUAAUGUUAAUGAUUGCCGGCAUCUUCAGGAAAUUAGAGGGAUUCCUCCAAACUUAAAACAUUUCUUAGCAACAAAAUGUGAAUCCUUGACUGCCUCAAGUACAAGCAUGUUCCUAAAUCAGGAACUGCAUGAGGCUGGAGAAACUCAGUUUUAUUUACCAGGAGAAAGGAUUCCAGAGUGGUUUGAUCACCAAAGCAAGGGACCUUCAAUUUCUUUCUGGUUUCGUAACAAGUUCCCUGACAAAGUUCUUUGUCUUGUUAUUGGACCUAUGGAUGAUGAAUCUGGAAUGUUUAGGCCUAUGGUGAUCAUCAAUGGAAAUAAAAGUUUCCCUGGUAGUGGCUAUUUCAUGAUCCACAUGGAUCAUACAUAUAUUUUUGAUCUUAAAAGGAUAGAAUGUGAAGAUAGUUUAUAUGAAGUACCUUUAGAAAAUGAAUGGAACCAUGCAGAGGUUACAAUUGUUGGUUUGGAAGAGACCUCAAUAGUUAAAGAAUGCGGAAUCCAUGUAUUCAAACAGGAAAGUAGCAUGGAAGAUAUUCGAUUUUCUGAUCCUUAUGGCAAGAGAAAAUUAGAGGAUGAUCACAAUAGUUUGGAAAUACAAAACCUUCAGUUGGUGAAAAAGCAUAGGUUUGUGGACAUGGAUGUUUCAUAGACACAAUAUGUGCAACAACAACAAUGUAUGGUUUUAUGGUCACGUCAUUUGAGUUGGCUAUGAAGCUAUUUUCAUUUUUUCUUAAUCAAUCAAUAAAGUUAUGGUAUGAUAAUAUGGACUUGGAAUCAAAUUUUAAUGGUGUCAAAACAGAUAAGGGGCACCAUUAAGGUAAAUUAUCUUCUUGUAUGCUAUAUCAGUGACUGAUUUUAAUUUCCCUUUUUAUUUGAUUUA